AGCUGUGACCCGAGCGCUCUCCGGGCGGCGAGCUGGGGGUGCGCCCGGACCCCCGUCCCCGUGAUCAUGGGGAAUGGCAUGACCAAGGUACUUCCUGGACUCUACCUCGGAAACUUCAUUGAUGCCAAAGACCCGGACCAGCUGGGCCGGAAUAAGAUCACACACAUCAUCUCCAUCCACGAGUCACCCCAGCCUCUCCUGCAGGACAUAACCUACCUUCGCAUCCCUGUGGCAGACACCCCUGAGGUACCCAUCAAAAAGCACUUCAAAGAAUGUAUCAACUUCAUCCACUGUUGCCGCCUCAAUGGGGGGAACUGCCUUGUGCAUUGCUUUGCAGGCAUCUCCCGCAGCACCACCAUCGUGACGGCAUAUGUGAUGACUGUGACGGGGCUUGGCUGGCGGGACGUGCUUGAAGCCAUCAAGGCCACCCGGCCCAUCGCCAACCCCAACCCAGGCUUUAGGCAGCAGCUUGAAGAGUUUGGCUGGGGCAGUUCCCGGAAGCUCCGCCGGCAGCUGGAGGAGCGCUUCGGAGAAAGCCCUUUCCGCGACGAGGAGGAGGUGCGCGCGCUGCUGCCGCUGUGCAAGCGCUGCCGGCAGGGCUCUGCGCCCGCGGCCGCGUCCCCCGCACCGCACGCGGCGGCCUCCGAGGGAACCCUGCAGCGCCUGGUGCCGCGGCCGCCCCGGGAGGCCCACCGGCCGCUGCCGCUGCUGGCGCGCGUCAAGCAGACUUUCUCUUGCCUCCCGCGGUGUCUGUCCCGCAAGGGCGGCAAGUGAGGAUCCCGGCCCGCCGUCGCGCCCCUCUU